UUUGACCGCAGUUAGUUUAAGUUGUUGACUUGUUGGGCUUGCUGCCACAAACAAUAAAGCUAAAUUAUUUUGUGAUCAUAAAUUGUGUAACAAAAUUUAUGUCGUGAAAACUUUUUCUGUGACAAUGUGAAAAAAGAGUGCGGGAAAAUGAGUCGUAAUUCAAAUAAUACUAAUAUCGAAUUCGUUUCGGAAACUUCAAAUAAAAAUACAGAUAAUAAAAAUUUAAGUGAUUGGGAUGUAAUAAAUACAGCACCUACAGCCUUAAAUAAGCCAAGCAGUAAUCCAGCAACACCUUUAUUAGGAGGAAAUGUCGAGUAUCCUUUAAACGAUUUGAAUAAAUUUUCAUACAAUACAAAAGAAUUGAUUGAAGAUGAAGAUAAAGAGCUAAACAAACCUCCGUUAGUGUAUAAUCGAGAAAUCGAUGAUUUUGAUGAUAAUAAUUCGAAUAGCAAUAAUAAUCUAAAACCAGAUAAUGAUGUGGAAAAAGAGGGCAAAGAUAAAAAUUCAGAGGAUAUUGACGAAUUAAUAAAUGAUGUGUUUGAUCUUGAUCCUAAUUCUGACACUGAAUUGACUAUACGAGCAGGAGGAAUAGAUGAAAACGAUGGUCCAGCAAAGCCACAAAACCCAUCAAGCGGAAUUCCGCCCCUUACUGGUUUUCCGCCCUCAUAUCCUGGUGGUUUUCCACCGUAUGUAGGAUAUGUUGGUGGUGUUUUGGGCGAUGAUGGCAUGAUAACGUUACCAACUGGUGAAAAAGUUCCAGACGUAAAUGUUUAUCAACAUAAGAAAACAUUAGCACAAGGCAUGAUGGAUUUAGCAUUGUUUUCAGCGAAUGCAAAUCAACUUCGAUAUGUUUUGGAAAGUGCGAGUGAUCAUCCAUAUUUUUAUCCUGGCAUAUUUAUGAUUUCAGUUAGUCUACUAUUGCAAGUAUUGGUUGGCAUGGGAUUAAUAUGGAAUUCCCGGUAUAAUGUAAAAGAUGAAAAACAAAUAUGCAUUGCCAAUAAAAUCAAUAAUUUUACUGUGGUUGGCAUUUUUAUUGUGACUGUGAUUAAUGUUUUUAUCUCGGCUUUUGGAGUAGCCAAAUCAAGCUAACGAAAAUUACCAGUGUUUUUACCAAUAUUAAUUUUUUUUUCCUGUAAAUAUAAUUGAUUAUUACUAAAGACAUUCGAAAGAAACUUAAUCUUUGGUAAUGGCGUGGGCCAACUUUUCAAAUGUAAAAAAACUAUUUUUUUAAAUGUUUUCACCGAUAACUGUGUAAUAGUAAAUUACACAUCUAGGGAGCAAAAGUAAAGAAUAUCUCAAAUCUCAUGUCCAUUUUCCGAAUAUGACAUACGAGGUGACAACAUAUCUGAGACAUUCUUUACUUGCUCCCGUGGUGUGUAAACUAUUUUUCUCCCCGGCGAAGGCCGAAAUCGGCAAUUUCGUUUUGUACAGUGGGAAGAAAAUUAACAUGUUCUGCACUGAGAUGAGAAAAAAACAAUUUUGUAGAUUGUUUUUCAGAUAUCGGACUAUGUAAUGGGUACAUAUAUUGUAACCCAGAUUUAACUUAAGUCAGUAAAUCUGGCUAGUUAAAUUAUAAUUUGGCGCCCACAUUGUCCAACACCGAAUCUCAUAUAAUUUUUAAUAUAGACUGACGAGCUUUGAAGGUAUAAUAAUUAAUUAUUAUUAUAUUAAUUUAUAUAAACUAUUUUUAAUAAAUUAAUUUCUAAAUAGUUGUUAUAAGUAAGCAAAAGAGGGGAUUCGCGUAUUUUUACCCAUCAAAUAAUCAAAAAUAAUCUUUGGCUUCGACUGUUAUUUUGUUGGUUGACCAUGCCUCCAAUGGCCCCUGUGAUUGUCCCUUGAUCCAUUGCGUGGAUGGUCAACCUAUGAGAAAAA